UAGACAUGCAAACUAAUUAAUAAGAAUGCAACAAAGCUUAGAAGAGAAUGAUGAUGAACAACAACAUGAAGAAGGAUUUGGUGAUGAGAAGGUGCGAACCGAUGAGCAUAGGUUCAGAUAGAGCGUGUGCGAGGAGGCGAAGUGCUCAAUAUGCUGAAUGCCAGAAGAAUCAUGCAGCUAAUGUUGGUGGAUAUGCUGUUGAUGGAUGCAGAGAGUUCAUGGCUGACGGUGAGGAAGGAUCGAGCAGUGCGCUCCGUUGCGCAGCCUGUGGCUGCCACCGGAAUUUCCAUCGGAGAGUGCAAGAGCACAACCGAUCAAUAGACUGUUCUAUUCGGCAGUGAUGCAGGAAAUUCAGUAGGGGUCUUGAAGUUGACAUGAAGGAUUGGAGAAGUCAUGCUUGACGUACAUCUUACAGCCUGAAAAGAAUGAAUUACUGCAUGGUCAUUAAUUAGGAAUAUUGUUAUGCUAGUUAAUCAAGCAAUUAACUGUGAAAGGGAAUAAAGAAGAAAAAGAUAGAAAGUGAUGCAAAUUGCACUUUCGGCAAAAGAUUGAUAAGAUCCUUCACAGCUCUUCCCACCUCUUAAUCAUUUCCUAAUAAAAUAAUAUCUUUCAUUAUUCAACAAGAGGAAUCUUCUCUGUUCCAACCACUUAUUGUUUUAUCACUGAUAAUUUGAACUAUCAUCAUUAAUCUCCAAUAAUUGAGUUAGUCCUUAAUGAAACGUUUAAAGAGUUGAGUUAUUGGGAAAGAGUAGAGUAUUGCUCAAUCAGAGUUCCUUGAGAUUUGAUUAUGCUCUUCAAAAAACAUGAAACAUGUUCCA